UUGAUGCUGCCAGCGGAGCCUCCGAAUGGACCCGACGGGAGGAAACGCCGUUAGUCCGUAAGUUAGAGAAGAAAGUGUGAGCGUCCAUGUCUGCACCACAAACAUCAACACGCUGACACGGUCACUGGCAGCAAUGUCGAGGGAGAACACCACCCGGAGCCUGGACAGUAUAGACCUGGCAGCUUUACGAGAUCCAGCAGGUAUCUUUGAGUUGGUGGAAGUUGUCGGCAAUGGAACCUACGGUCAAGUUUACAAGGGUCGUCACGUCAAGACAGGCCAGCUGGCAGCUAUCAAAGUCAUGGACGUCACAGAGGAGGAAGAAGAGGAGAUCAAGCUGGAGAUCAACAUGUUGAAGAGUUACUCCCACCACAGAAACAUCGCUACCUAUUACGGAGCUUUUAUUAAGAAAGAGCCUGCUGGACAGGACCACCAACUCUGGUUGGUGAUGGAGUACUGUGGAGCCGGCUCAGUAACAGACUUGGUGAAGAAGACUAAAGGAAACUGUCUGAAGGAGGACUGGAUAGCUUACAUCUGCAGAGAGGUGCUCAGGGGUCUUUCCCAUCUUCACUCCCAUCAUGUGAUUCACAGAGACAUUAAGGGACAAAAUGUUUUGCUCACAGAGAAUGCUGAAGUCAAACUGGUGGACUUCGGAGUGUCGGCUCAGCUGGACAAGACCAUUGGUCGGAGGAACACCUUCAUUGGUACCCCCUACUGGAUGGCUCCAGAGGUCAUCGCUUGUGAUGAGAACCCCGAUGCCACAUAUGACUACAGGAGUGACCUCUGGUCUUUGGGCAUCACCGCAUUAGAGAUGGCCGAAGGAGCCCCUCCUCUGUGUGACAUGCAUCCAAUGAGAGCGCUAUUUUUAAUUCCACGAAACCCUCCGCCCAAACUGAAGUCAAAGAAAUGGUCGAAGCGCUUCCUGUCGUUCGUUGAUAAUUGCCUGGUCAAGAACCAUCUGCAUCGACCGACCACCGACGCCCUGCUGAGACACGCCUUCAUCCGAGACCUAGCCAAUGAGAGACAAGUUCGCAUCAUGCUCAAAGAUCACUUGGACAGGACCAGGAAAAAGAGAGAGAAAGAGGGUCCAGAGUAUGAGUACAGUGGCAGUGAAGAAGAGGAGGACGAGGUAACAGAGGAGGAAGGAGAGCCCAGCUCAAUCGUGAAUGUUCCUGGUGAGUGGACGUUGAGACGGGAGUUUCUACGUUUGCAGACAGAAGAUCGUGAAGGAGGCAGAGAGGGAGGUCAGGAAGGAGGUGCUGCUUAUCAAAGACAAGCGUUACAGCAGCACAGGCAACAGUUGGCGGAGCAGGAGCGAUACAAGCAGCAGUUAGUGGCGGACAGACAGAAGAGGAUCCAACAGCAACACGAGCAACGGCAAAAGUUAGAGGUUCAGCAGAGGCAGCAGCUGGCGGACUGUGCCUUUCAGUGGGCAGAUCUUCAGGAAGUCUUGCUUGGGGAGGAGUCAGAUCUCCAUGACAACAGAAUCUUACUGGACGGGAGGAACAGGAGGAGCGACAGGAGGCUGGACCAGGCGGGCAGAAAGGGGAGUGCCGAUGUGUCAGUAAGGCCUCUGGACUUCACAGCAGAGCAGAGAGCCGUGGCCCCGAAACAGCUGCUUCAGAGUAAGUCCCAGCACCCCCAGCAUCAGCUUCAGCUGCAAUCCAAGCCCCAGGCUGUGGCCCAGCAUCAGCAGCCCUCAGUGGCCAGACGAUCCCACCGCACCCUGCCCAAGGACCAAACCCAGCUCUUGUCGCUGCAGCACGACCACAGACACAGGGAGAGAGAGAGGCAGAGGCAGAGAGAAAAGCCUGUGGCGGCUGUCCAGAAGCUAACAGCUAAAAGUGGGAUUACAGCUGCCGCUGCCGCUGCUGCUUCCUCACCCAGCCGCCCUGCAAACAGCCAGCGCUCAGUGAUGGACAUCCAAGAAUCAAACUUGGCCCGGCUGCUCUUGGCUGCUGGUCUUCCCAGCCAGAUGCACUCGAGGAUGGGCUCUGGGAGCAGCUCUAGUCCAUGUACCCCAGCCAUGCAGAGAGCUCACCUCAGCCAGAAUGCCAAUCUGCGCUCUAGUCGAGACGCCCCUCACAGCAGCUCCAUGUCAGAUAUGCCCCUUUCUCCCCUGUCGCCAUUUUCACCCAUGUCCAUCACCGAUGAUGUCUUCUGGGACUCAGUCGAUGACCCGCCUAAAGUCCCAGAACGCACUACCUCCAAGAUUUACUGUAGAGAGCUGGUGAUGGGACACAGGAGGGCUGCUUCAAGUGGCAGUUCAGUGUCUGCAGCAGAUAAAAGCGGAAGGUCUCAGCCCCACGUCGUCUCCUCUACCAGCAGCAAGCCCCCAGGUUACUUUAAGCUGGAGAGUCCUCUUCUAAAUCACCGUCUCCAGCAGCACAGAGGCACAAGAGAAAACAUGACCGGCGGGCAUACACAAGGUGUAAAAUCUGCUCUUGUCCGGCUCAACAAAGCCACAGAAUACUCCUCUUCCAGUGAUGAGGUCGGCAGCAGUGAUGAUGAAGAGAGGAACAGGUCUGCUCUGUCCAAUGGAAAAGGGAAAUACUACAGAAGAAUACCUGAUGGUAUCGUCCUGCAACCUCACCACAAUCUGCACCAGACUUCUCGGCUGGGUUCUGACGAUACUUACCUGCUGCCAGACCUUCUGCAGAAAACCUCCCACUGCAGUCCUAACCAUAAUACACUGUGCCAACAGCAGCAAACACGUGAACUCAGCUACUCGCAGUCGCCCACAGCCCCUCGAUGCCCCACACAUCAGGAACUCAAUUCAAAUACGGCUGUCAGCAGUCCUACUGGUAAAAACACCUCCUCAACUUCCUCCUUCCUGUCCUUCAUCGAUCCGAGAUUGAUCCCCAUAUCAUCACCGCCACAGAGCCCCACUGGUGUUAAGGGCGAGCCAAUCAAGAGAGAGAACCACAGGAAGGGCUCUGUGGUGAAUGUGAACCCGACCAACAUUCGACCACAGAGCGACACUCCAGAGAUCCGCAAGUACAAGAAGAAGUUCAACACAGAGGUGCUCUGUGCAGGACUAUGGGGUGUGAAUCUAUUGGUGGGGACAGAGAAUGGUCUGUGGCUGUUGGACAGAAGCGGUCAAGGGAAAGUCUACUCUCUCAUCAGCAGGCGGAGGUUUCAGCAGAUGGAUGUGCUGGAAGGACUCAAUGUGCUCAUCACUAUAUCAGGUAAAAAGAACAAGCUCCGUCUGUACUACCUGUCCUGGUUAAGGAAUAAAAUCCUCCAUAAUGACCCAGAGGUGGAGAAGAGACUGGGUUGGUCCUCAGUAGGUGACCUGGAGGGCUGUGUACACUAUAAAGUGGUGCGUUACGAGAAGAUAAAGUUCCUGGUGAUUGCUUUGAAGAAUGCCGUGGAAGUGUACGCCUGGGCCCCAAAGCCCUACCACAAAUUCAUGGCCUUCAAGUCUUUCAGGUCUCUGCCUCAAAAACCACUGUCUGUUGACCUGACAGUGGAGGCAGGUCAAAGAUUAAAGGUCAUCUACGGUUCCUUGUCCGGGUUCCACGCCAUCGAUGUCGACUCUGGAACACCUUACGACCUCUACCUGCCUACUCAUAUCCAGGGCUCCAUCCGUCCCCACGCCAUCAUCAUUUUGCCAAACAGCGCUGGAACGGAGGUUCUGGUUUGCUACGAAGACGAGGGCGUCUACAUUGACACCUACGGCCGCAUCACCAAGGAUACAGUGCUGCAGUGGGGGGAGAUGCCUGCAUCAGUCGCCUACCUGCAGUCUAACCAGGUGAUGGGUUGGGGAGAAAAGGCCAUUGAACUGAGGUCUGCCAACACAGGAAACCUGGAGGGAGUCUUCAUGCACAAAAAGGCCCAGAAACUCAAGUUUCUUUGUGAGAGGAAUGACAAGGUGUUCUUCGCCUCAGUGCAGUCGGGAGGCAGCAGUCAGAUUUACUUCAUGACUCUUGGACAGAACUCUCUGUUCAGCUGGUAAUGACUGGACCUGUGAACUCUGGGAUCAACUGGUGAUGUCUGCCUAUUUUAUUCUGUGAUCGCCUGGUGAUGCCUUUUUAUAUUUGUGCAGACUCGUGUUGACCUCCAUGGGCAGAAGACAAGGAUCAACUAAAUUCUCCUGGAUGCAUCACUUAUGUCUAGUUUCCAUGUAUGGAUCCACAGUUGAGUUGACCAUGAUGCCAGCGGCAGAACAAAAUGCUUGAAUCCAUCGCCCCAUCCUUGAUUUUUGCAGCGGCAGCAGCACAAAAUUCUGGACAUCACUGUUGCCUCACUUGUCAAUGGAAGAGUAAUCUUUAACAUGCCUGAUCUCGUUGGUCAUCAUUUGAUCAUUUUGAUUAUGUGGCGAGUUCUCAUGAACACCAGAUCACUGGUCAACAUCUGGCCUCAAGAUUCCUCUACACAUCUGUCAGACACCACAGGAGUCUAUUCAGUUUGUACCAUAUUCAGCUCAUCUCUCCAGGAUCAGUUCACUUUUCUGAAGGGCUCCAUUGUAACGGUAACUUUGGUAUUUGUAUCUGUUAUUCACUUAUAUCCAUUUGGCUGGCUGUGGCGUGUGACUGGAUCAUCUGCUUCGCUCGCAUGCAAGCAGCCACUGUGCGAAAAGGAGUGAAAGCAACAAAAGAAGCUGUUACUCAACCUCGUUCCCUCUAAGGACAUGAUCUGGGCAUUUGGGGCCAGAUGUUGGGGCCAAAAUGUGGACUGAGUUGGAUGGUAACCUUAUGUCAUCCCACAUUUUGUUGCGGUUGCUUGAAAGAAGAGGGUUUUUCUGACAGUUACUCUGGGUGACAGUGAGUCAGCAUGACCAUUACCAUUAUAGACCCAAUCAGUUAUAUUUAGCUGUAUCCUUAGCUGUAAUUAUACUGUCCAUGCAAACCUUAUAGUGAGGACAAAAGUCAGGAUUAAGAUGCACAAUAUCCUUGCACCAUAGUUCUCUUUGACUAUUAACAGACCAUUCUGUUCCUAAUUAAUGAGAUUCAAAUUAUUUCUCUGCUUAGCCUGAAAUCAGUUGCUAAUAUAUCCAAUACAUUUUCUUACGCAAACCGCUUUGGAUCAGUCCUUUCUGAGCGUUCACUCUAUUUCAGAUCGGCACUAUUUUACUUUAGUCUUAUUAUGAUUUAAUUGAGGACCUGGAGAGCCUUUAACUUUACUGUAGGAGCAUUAAUUCAGAUGUACAGCAUAAAUAGUAAAGACACAAAUCAACUCCACUCAAAAAGGCAGUGAAUGCUUUUUUUUGUUUUCUUGCAUCUAUUGUGUAAAUACUCCUGUAACAAGCACUGUUUUCUAAAUAUUGUAUAAUUGACAGGACAUCUUUAUGUACAGUAUGUGUACAAAAGUAUAGGCUAAUGAAUGUGAAAUUCUAUCCCAAAGCAGAGUUUAGAGUGUUAUUUCCAUGAUCCUAGAACACUUGUGAACAUGGACACGAGCUACUGACAGUGAACCUGAAGGCUCAUAUCCAAGUGUUUAAGAACAAACAAAGUAUCAUGUGAAUUCUGUUUUGUGGUUGAUUUUCUCCUAACAUGUAUAAGUCAGGCUCUUUGCACAAUGGCCUCUCUGUACAUGCUUUCUGUAAUAUAUCAUACUUUGAAAUUAUUUUUAUUUUGAAACAUUUCAAGUCAUUCUCUAGUCCAGUCAGUGUAUAAGAGCUCACUGUGAGCCGUUGGCUUUAGAUCUGUUUCUUCACCACCCAACAUGGGACGCACACUUGUUUUUAAUGGGUCACCUUGAAAAAUAAUGAUUUUUUGUUGACCCUUGGUCUGAAGAGAUGCAAUUAGCUGGGCUGAAAAAGUGAAAAGCCCCAUUUUAUAAUAUUUAGUAUGUUUUUCUUUUUUUAAUUUUAUUUACACAAUGAGCUUAAAAGCAAGAAACCAAAGAUCAAAGGCUUUGAUUUAUUGGUUUCCCUUGAUAACUAAUGAAAAGAGAUCUGACGAAAAAUAAUCUAUAUCUGCAAAACAGACAUGAUUUGGGGUGUAUUAUUUAACAAUGUUCAAAAGACUCCAACCAACAUAUCCGCCUACAAAAUCCCCUGGACUGGUGUGUUUUGCAAAUUUUUACAAAUAUGCACGUUAUUGUUGCUAGCAUUCUUACAUUUAAUAGCCUACCUUUAUGUUUAAGACAGUAUUAGAUUUGGUGAAAGUGAAGUUAUUGGGUUUUACCUUCAAAUGUGAAUUUUCAAUUUGUUCAUUUCAGAUUCAUUUUCACUUUACCAGUCUUUUUAUUCCUUCGUCCGAUUUAGCUUAAACAGCUAGUUAUACAUUCCUCUCUAUAUUGUAAUUACUCUUGAGUUUUGUGACUAUCAGACAUUGUGCCAAAUGUUUUAUAUCCAGUGAUACAUUGAGUUUUUAUUGAUGUCAUAUUACAGCAGCUGGUUCUGUGAGAGUAAUUUAAACUGGAAUACAAACGUUCUGAUAUUGCUCAGUUGCUACCAAAACACAGGACCAGAUAUCUAGUUACACAGGAAUUUAAAUGUAUGCUGACAGAUGCAGAAUACUAGCUAACAUGGGCUAAUAUUUUUGAACUAUUUGAGCUACCUAGUGUAAUGCAGAGUUUCUAGUUAGCAUGUGGCUAAGAUAGCAACUCUUGGUGAGCAAGCUAACAUUUGCUUAGCUGUGUAAAGUUUCAACACAAUAUUGGUCCAAACUGGUGGAGAUCAUUUCAAACCCCUUUUACAUACAAUGCAAUGCAUGUAUUGUAUAAUAAACUCUUAGCAAUUCAAAUUCAUUUCAAUAUCAAGCAAGUCACAAGGGUUCACUUUUUUAUUUUUAAAUCUUGACCAAUUCGUCCAGUUACACAAUACAUUAGAAUUAUCUGUCCGGCGGAAGAAAUGUAACAUUAGCAUCAGGCCCUGUGCUACUUUGUGUUAGAUUAUGUAAGAACUGGUUAAUUGCUGGGAUCCUGAGCAAGACCCUGGCCAUUCGAGUCUACAUAGGACAGAAAAGACGAGACCAAAUUAGUCUUAAACUACAACAGUGGUUCCACCAACUGUCCAAUGUACAGUAAAGCCUGUAUUUGCUUCUCCUAUAUAUGCAUACGUAUACAUGUACGUACAUACACGUAGUAAUCAAAAGCUACUUUUUUCAUUCAUUAGAUUAUACGUCCAAUUGCUUAAUUUUUUCAAUGUUCAUUUAAAUUUGGAAUUAAGUAUUUUUAAAGCAAUAAUGUAUUUGUAUGAAUACCAAUUAAAUCAUUGUAUGCAAUUUGAUUACAAUGACAGAUUUGAUAAUGAUUUGGACUAAAAACUAUUAUUAAAUUUAGUCUUGAGUUUGGGGUUAUGUUAUGUUGAAGGAAAAGAAGUUUAUUUUAUUAUCAUUAUUGUGAAACUGCCAUUUGACAUCACAUUUUCAAUGAUCAGUAUGUUCCUUUUAAGCUGUAUCUUUCUUCCACCUGCUCCAAGAAACAGCACAGAAAUCAGCUCAUAUUCAAACUUAAAUCAGUGUCGUGCCUAAAGACGUGUGUUGAUCUGAAUUAAUCCAGCGAGGAAUUUUUAGAUACGGACUUCUUCUUCCUCUGCUUCACUUUGUCGUCUGCUGAACAUUUGACUAUAGCUCUGUCACUAAUGAGAGAGAAAGAGAUCAGUGCACUUCCUCCCACACCUUCCACUGUUUCAGGCUCGCUGUGACUCACUUCGCUAACUCUCCCACCAACUCUCCUUCUCUCAUUUUGUCAACACAUCUCUUCUCUCUGCUGCGUCUUAUUCCCUCAGCUCUCUCCUCAGCCUGCACUCGUCUCGCUCUCUGGUGUCUAUCACCAUUCUCCAGAUCAGUUUGUUCCUCAUGUCUCAUUCUAGAUUGUCUCUGUUUCUCUUGUGUCAAAUCUCUCCAUUCACCCCCAGCCCACCUUCAGCCUAUUGAGGAAGUUUUUGAUAGUGUGACUGAAUUGAGUUCUUUUAUUGUUCUGUUAAAUCAUCUGAAUUAAGACGUUAUGUAUGAGGCAUAGGAGACUGAUGUUAGAUGUAUAUCGUGUCACAUUUCUUAACUAGUACAUACAUCACAUUAUUUCCUUUACACCACAACACUGUCCCUCUAUGUUCCAUCUAACAUGUACCAAUCGUAUGAAGAAAACCACAGAUCUGGCCCAAUCUGUCCUUUUGCUGUUUGUUGGAGUGGGCUGAAACAUGAUGCAGAAAAAUUAAUGAAUAUGCAUUAAGUUUGCCAUGUUCCCUUACAGCAAGGCUAUGUAACUUGUGGCAGGUGCACAACAAUGCUAAAUGCUAAAACUUAACAUAAACACAGGUAGAAAGGAUUCAUAAGGUUAGUGACUUAGUAAUGUCACAUGCUUGCCAAUAUCUUAGGUUUGCUAACAAUUGCCACUGCAAGCUACCAUGGACAUACCAGACAGAGUCAGGCUCUAGAGGGUAUUGGACUGAUCACGGGUGCAUUCUUUUAAUAUAACUUUAUUUUGUUUCUGCUUUCAAAAGUUACGUAGUUCUGUUUAAAGUGCUGCAACUGUUAUUCUCCAGCCUGUGUACGAACAAGAGUCCGGAUGAGCAAUGCAGGUCAAAAGAAAGUGUGUGUUUGUGUGGGAGGGUGUGACGAAGACUGUGAGCAGGUGUUUGCUAAAGCAGAAUUGAGUCUGCGAGGGAAGGAAGUGUUAAGAAGAGUUAGAGGAGGACGCUGGUGGCUUGAGUGAGGUGUCGCCUAACAGAGGGAACUCAGAAGUUGCUUGAAAACACAAAUCCACAAUUGAAAAAAGGAAUUUACUGCCAUCCUCUAAGCACAAAGUAAAUUCAAGUAAACGUUGGAAAACUCUUGUUUCAAACUAAGUCAAACUAUUUACUGAACUGACAAUUUAUAGAUGAUGAUGGCUUUGAUGAAGAGAGGGAAGAAGAAGGAAGAGGUGAGGAAGUUAAAGGGGGCCACAGUGAUUGUGAUGAAUUACUUAUCUAUUGGUCGGAUGAAUCCUGCUGCUUGAUAACAACAAAUGUCAAAACCCAGUAGGCUGAUAGCAAUUUCCUAGAACUGUCUGUUUACGGGGGAUAUUUUCCAGAAGUUGAGAUUUAGCCAAUAAUUUACAACUACUUUCAUUAUUUUGAAGUUAUUCUUCAGUGGAGCAUUACAGGACAAUUGUGUGAAAAUUCACAGAAAUUGAGAUUAUAAAAAAACCAAAUGUUAAUAUUAUGUAUUCCAGAAUAUAUAUUUCUUUUUGAUUCCAUGCCCUCUGUGUUGUAAGGAUGAUUGUUACUUUUUUGCACUGGACCUACAGUAUGUUUGAUUGACUGACAUUGACUGUACCCCUGUUACCUUGAGAUGAACACACACCUGUGUUUCCAUGUAAAGAUGCAAAAGACAUUGAGACAGCAAUAAAAACGUUGAAUUGA